UGCUCUUUUGGCAAUCAUUUGUCUACUUUCAAGUAUUAAUUCAUGGUUUACAAAUGCAGCCGCUGAGUGCGCUCGAUACUUUUGAGAUAGUCAACUACCAAACAACUAAAUUUACGCUGGCUGAGCAUUGGCUGCAUGAUCCGUCUGCAACUGCAGUAGAUGACACUGUCAAACAGGGAAGAGAGCAGGCAGACAGCUUUUUGAAAUUCGACGAUAACGAUGAGCCGCCACAAGGCGCAAAACAAGUGGAGACUUUGCAGGAAGGCGCCUUUUGCAGGCGCAGCUUCGAUGGACGCAGCGGCUACUGCAUCCUGGCCUAUCAGUGUCUGCAUGUGAUACGGGAAUUUCGAGUGCACGGCACGCGCAUUGACAUAUGCACACAUCGAAACAAUGUGCCGGUCAUUUGUUGCCCACUGGCGGAUAAGCAUGUCGAGGCACAACGAAUCAGUGCCACAAAAUGCCAGGAGUACAAUAGCGCAGCAAGGAGUCUGCGUUUAAGCGAUACUGAACGCAUCUUUUCAGGCAAAAAAUGUGUGCCUAGUGUACCAUUGAUAGUGGGCGGCACUCCCACUCACCACGCCCUCUUUCCACACAUGACCGCACUAGGCUGGACCCAAAGCAACAAAGACAUUAAAUUUGGUUGCGGUGGUACGCUGGUCAGUGAACUGUAUGUGCUCACGGCAGCACAUUGCGCCACAUCUGGUAGUAAGCCACCGGACAUGGUUCGAUUGGGCGCCCAGGAACUAAACGUUACCGGUGCCUGGCAGCAGGACAUUAAAAUACUUAUUAUCAUUCUGCAUCCAAAGUAUCGGUCAUCUUCUUACUACCAUGACAUAGCUCUACUCAAGUUGACCAAGCGCGUUCAAUUGUCGGAGCGGGUGCGUCCCGCCUGUCUGUGGCAAGUGCCCGAUCUGCCCAUUAAGAUUGUGGUAGCCACUGGCUGGGGACGAACAGAGUUUCUGGGUGCCAAGUCCAAUACAUUACGUCAGGUUGAUCUGGAUAUGAUAAAGCAGCAGCGUUGCAAACAAAUCUACCGCAAGGAACGCCGCUUGCCAAAUGGCAUUAUUGAUUCUCAGUUUUGUGCCGGCCAUUUGCCGGGUGGCAAGGAUACAUGUCAGGGAGAUUCAGGUGGACCACUACAUGCUGUAUUACCAGAAAACAAUUGCGUGGCCUUUGUUGUGGGCAUAACAUCGUUUGGAAAAUUCUGUGCGGCGCCAAAUGCUCCAGGCGUAUACACAAGACUAUUCUCAUACUUGGAUUGGGUAGAGAGGAUUGUAUUUAAGAAACAUUAGGCCUAAGAUACAUUUGGGAUCUGGUCGAAAUGAACUGCGGACUGUGAAUUGAUAAUUACUAAUAAUAAUAAUCGAUUUCUACUGUA